GCGGGACACGCACUGUACAGCUCUGGCCACCUGGAGUCUGUGGGACCGACUGCUGCAGCGAUGGAAGCUCCUUGAAGGCCUUUUUCAAGCAGCCCUAGCCCGUCAAGGGAAAACGGCACCCACCGCUUGGAAAACUGGGGGGGUCCUUUCUCCUGCACAUCCCAGAGGAGACCCUUUCCCCUUUUUGCUUCCUCGUCCACCCUCUCCGGCUGCACACCUGGCCCAGGCAGCCAGGAAUUCCUGCAGGUAAGGAGCCAUGCUGCCACUGCCUCAAAGGGUACCAUUGUUUGCAGCCCUCUCUAGCAAGGCGGGGGCUAUUUGUCUCCUUGGUUGCGUGGCCAGGUGAGAGAGAGGGGUGAAGGCUGUAGCAGGAGCAAGAAGAGGGGGGAGGAUCUCAAACCGAGCCGCUCUUCCUAUGGGAGCCCCCCGCCCUUUCCCAAAUAAAUGUUAGAAAUUCUAGGGCCAGCCAUUUCCCUGGCCCAUGGGGUAGACAGGCAUCACCUUCAAAUCUCUCCCUCUACCCACCCCCAGAAAACUCUGGUUCCUGACAGAAGUCCCUCCAGCUCUCUGCAUGUCAGGUCCUUCACUAGUUUGGGCAGGUAGCUUUUUCAGAGGGACUUAACUCAUACAACACGGGCUCCAGGGACUUUUUUGUGUUUGCGUCUCAUGAUGAGGAGCAAAGAAGCUUCUUUCCCUCAGAAGCUGCCCUUACCCAUGUUCAAGUUACAGGUGCGUUUAUGGGGUGUUUUGAUCAGGAACCUUUAAUGGCUUGUUCCCAUUGCGUCUCUUUUUUCUGAGCAACUGUGUCUCAUUUUGCAAGGGAAAAUGCAAUUAUUUCCUGAACCCCCGGGGUGGAAGGGAGUAGAACAUUUGUACAUACAAAUGACGCACACCAAGGUCACAUUUGCACCAUGCUCUUAAAGCACUAUUGCACCUCUUUAAUGGUUGCGCAGAAUCUUGGGAACUGUAGUUUGUUAAGGGUUCUGAUCUCACAGAGCUAAAGUUCCCAGCAACCUUAAGAAAAUACAGUUCCCAGUAUUCCCCGUGACUUUGAAUAUAUGGUCUGACUGUGGCAUUAGGCUGCAGCAUUCUCCCGUGGGGCAGAGAGGUAAUUUUAGACUCUGGGUUAUGAUGUUAAAUGGCCGUGUAUAUUCGCUGCAAAAUAUUUGUAAAAUAGCCUUUGCUUGCUGCAGUUGUUGCCACACACACACACACACACCCUGCACCCGUUCAUUCUGCAUGGGCAUUUUUGAAGUGCGCAGGUUCACUUGCAAACAGGCCAGCAACAAGUGGCCUUGUGCACAAACACAACUCAGCAAUACAAAACCACACGGAUGAAGAGAAACAUCCUUCACCUAUUCCAAGUCUUGUGCGUGUACAUUUGUGUUGCAAGCCAACACAACCAGCCUGUGUGAGGAUGAAAGAAAGCGGCUGUCACAGCCGUUAUAACGGCAGGGGUGGGGAGUUGGGCAUUUGCAAAAGGAAACACCCCCAUACUUCUUGAGCUGGGGUAUGCAGUUGCUUCAUGCGUGCUUGUGAAGACACUUUCCUCCCAUAUUAUGAUGCAAGAUGACCUGUGGGAAUCCUGGAGUAAACACAAACUUUUGGGUCCACGAUAGGUGGAAGUUGUUUAAGGAGGUGUGUAGCCGGCCAGCUCUCUCUGAUUUGAAUCCAGGGCUGAGGUGCAGGUGUUGGAUUUGGGUGUUGUGGCUCAGGGUCCCUCCAGACUGUUGUUUUAUUUCGGGUGUCUUCUUGCAGCAUGUUCUUGACACAAUAACAGGGUGUUGGUGGUGGUCUUAUUCUGCUUUAUUAGCUGUAAUUUUCUUAUUUAUUCCACAAUAUUUACCACUUGAUUGCCAUAAAGCAUCAAAGCGGUUUAGAAAAAAAGAAUAAAUUUAAAAAUGAGUGGAAAAACCAGUUAAAAACAACUAUUUAAACCACUCAAAAAUAAUAGAAAUCAACAGGCUAAAAAAACACACACAAUUAAAACAUGUGCCAGCUAGCCUUUUCUAAACAAAAACAUUUUUUAGCAAAGAGAACAGUGAAGGCUGCUGCCUGAUGUCAAUCGGAAAGGAGAUCCAUUUAUUACACGUAUGAUGCUUUCCCGGUGCUAUUGCUGUCUGAAGGGGCUAUCAUGCAAUAAAAGUGAGACAACCCGAUCCCUCAGACUUUUGUGGUAUGAAAAGUUAUGGGAUUUCAGCGCAUGUACUGGUGGGAAAUGAAGCAGUAUAACUGCCCAAAGACUUUUGCAGGAGCAAAUAGUAUUGAAGGUGGGGUUGUGUCUGACAGCCCUGACAGCAGCAUGAACACAAAUCAUCACAAACGCCCUAUAGAAAAUAUGUCUCUUGAGUCUGGGAAUGUGUGAGGUACAUGAGCCAGAGCAAUGUAAUGGAGCACUGGAUUUGCGUGUGAGAUUCAAAGCCUUGCUUAGCUAUGAAGUCCCAUGGGUUACCUUAACCAAGACAGUUUGAAUAACGUUGACUAGAGAGAUAGAGAGAUGGUAGUGUUUGUUUGCAUGGUGGAGAGAAAGACACAAAUACACACAGAGAAAGAGAGAGAGGGAGAGGGAGAAAGAACGAGAGAGACUUAUAUAUAGUGCUUUUUUCUACAAAAAAAAAUUGUUUAGGGGUACUCUCAUUGUGACUCAAGAAAACCACCACUUUAUAGUUCAAAUCAGGGAAAAUAAAUACAGUAAAUGGACAAAAGUACAAAGAUUCACAAAAUGUUUAGGGCUAUGCGUCCCCCUGUGUCCCCGUCCCCCCAGAAAAAAGCACUGCUUAUAUAUAUAAAUAUAUAUUAAAUUGUUUGGUUUGUAUCAUUGCCCUUUUGCCUCUGCUGAAGAAGUUAUUUCUUAUCUCAGAAACCUGCAAAUCUUAUUUAUCCAGAGGCAGCAGCAGCAGGCCAAGAGGAACAUUUAUAUGCAUUGCAUAAAGCAAAACCUCUCUCAAACUGCUUUCAACCCUCCUAGAAAUUGUAGCUUGGCUUCUGGCGGUAUGGUCCUGGCAAGUCGUAAGGAGGAUUUUACCAGUACCCUUCUCCCUCAGGCUAGCAGAUGUGUUGAUGUUAUGCUAAAAGGCCACCCUAAGCUCCUUGGAAGAUGGCAGGAAUAAAAAGAUAAAAAGGAGUGCCUUUGAGCAUGUUCAGAGUGCCUUCCAAGCGCUCCCAACCCCUCAUCUGCAGUUUGGGAUAAGGGCUUCCAGAGCAAAGGGACUUUCAGGAUGUGUGGUGUUUUGUUUUUAGCUCCGACAGCUCCUAUUUUACAUGUUAAGUGUAUUGGGGAGGGGGGUUUGGACCUUGCUUAUUUCCCCUUUAUGGUUUGUGGUGGUGCAUUAAUCUACAUGAUCCAAACUGUCUAGUCAACCUGCUUGCCGGAGGUGUCAUUGUGUAAUAGGAAGGUGACUAUGCGUGUGUGUGUGUGGAGGUCCCUCUGUUAACGUGGAAGUUUUAACUUGACUGUCUUGCAGGUCUGCUCUGCUUCUUUCUCCUGAGUAGGCUUCUUCUAAUCUUCGCGUACCAUAUCACUCCUCUCUGCCAUGCUGUUUCCUCCUGCGUUGUGUGCAGCGGCAUCUGUCAAUAGCACCACAAAUUACUCCUUGCCCAAUCUGUGUUGGUGGAGAUGGGCAGCACACACACGCUUCCUUUAGGACCACUGUUACCUGGGUGUUAUGGGAACAUUCCAAAAUAUGUCUGUGUUUCUCUGUGCGUGUAUAUUCCAGAUAGAAAUACGAAUAACACACGUGUGUGCUCAUGUAUGCAUGUACACGUGUUCUCAAUCUAAUGCCCUCUCCUGGAUAGAACCAGAAGUCUUUGCGUUAUAUCUGCUUUCUGUUGUAAAUGAUUUUUAUUGCAUUUACAUAUAAUCACGUUACAUAAAAUUAUACCCUCAUAUUUUAUCUCUUUGGCUCAACUGAGCCUAACACUUCCCUCCCUCCCAUCUGUUGGUUUACAAAAUUAAACUUUACAUCUUUACAUUUCGCUUCGUUUCCUAUCCUUGUUAUAGAAGGUAAAGGGACCCCUGACCAUAAGGUCCAGUUGUGGCAGACUCUGGGGUUGCGGCGCUCAUCUCGCUUUAUUGGCUGAGGGAGCUGACGUACAGCUUCCGGGUCAUGUGGCCAGCAUGACUAAGCCACUUCUGGCGAGCCAGAGCAGCGCACGGAAAUGCUGUUUACCUUCCCGCCAGAGUGGUACCUCUUUAUCUACUUGCACUUUGACGUGCUUUCAAAGUGCUAGGUUGGCAGGAGCAAGGACCAAGCAACAGGAGCUCACCCCAUCGCGGGGAUUCGAACCGCCAACCUUCUGAUCGGCAAGUCCUAGGCUCUGUGGUUUAACCCAGAGCGCCACCCCUGUCCCAUCCUUGUUAUAUCAUUACCUAAAAUAUUAUAUUACUCAACCUGAACAGGUAGCAAUUUCAUCUUACAAAUCUUCAGAUAAUCCUGCUAAUGAUGUUAAUUGCUUACAGUUGUCCUUCCAAUAUAAUAUAAAUUUGUUCCAGUCCUUUUGGAAUGCUUGGUCUCGCUGGUUCCAGAUUCUUCCCGUCACUUUCGCCAGUUCUGCAAAGCCCAUCAGCUUCAUCUGCCACUCUUCUUUUGUUGGUAACUCCUGUUGUUUCCCUCUUUGGGCUAACAAAAUUCUUGCCACAGUUGUUGCAUAUAAGAAGAAUUUUUUAUCUUGUCUUGGUAGCUCUCUACCCACUAUACCCAAUAAGAAAGCUUCUGGUUUUUUAACAAAAGUGUUUUUAAACAUUUUCUUUAACUCAUUAUAUAUCAUUUCCCAGAAAGUUUUUACCUCUUUACAUGUCCACCACAUGUGGUGAAAUGUACCUUCCUUUUCCUUACAUUUCCUUACAGUUCAUUUUUUGUUCUAUACAUUUUAGCCAGUGUUAUAGCUGCUUUCUGGGCCACAGAACUCUCUGCGCUGCUUCGCUUUCUGCCCUGGCGACAGAGUUGGAGUCAUUCCCUCCUAUCAAUGUGUGAGUUCUAUAUGUAACCGUGGGUAUGUGUCAAGCACACACAUGGCAUUCAGAUCUUACACACCUGGAGCCAUUCUAAGCAGGUUCCACCUGAGUAAAGGCUCUGCAUGUGUGUCUAGGACACGGGUGGAGAUCUCAGAACUCUUCUGAGGCCACAAGUCCACUCUCUGCGCCACUCAUUGCCACGGCUUUGCACUGCAGAUGUUUUGGCCUGGCUGGAAAGUGUCUUUGAUCUCUGAUGGUGCAUUUUGCUUGUCCAGAUGGAAGAUAGAGAGAGUUGUUUGAGUGUGUAUGUACAAACUAGCCUACUGUACAGAGGUAAAAAUUACAUUCACGGCUCCACCUACUUUGCCUACCGUUCUGGAAUGAUGUGGCCCUUGAAAGGCUUCACAGAAGGGAAUGUGGCCCUUGGUAUUGUCUCUCCAGGGUCUCAAGCCAUAGAGAGGUUUUUUCCAUCACCUAUAACCAGACCCUGCUAACACGACUCUGGUUGUUGCUGGACUCUCUCCAGUUCCCGUCAGCCUCAGCUGUCAUGUGCAAUGGUCAGAGAUGAUGGGAGUUGUAGUUCAGCAUUUGGAAGGACUGCAGGCCCCCCACCUGUUUAAACUGCAGACAUUGGGGAUUGAGUCUGGCAGCUCAGACAUGCAAAGCAUGGGUUUACGACAGAGCCAUGGGGCCUAUUUCCAAACGCCUGGUGUGGCUGGUACACCACCCUCUGAGAAGUGGGAAGGGAAGUCUUGCCCCAAUCUUUGGUUGGGCCAGAGAUGAGCUUGUUUAGAAUGGAGGAACCUUGCUUAGCAUGAGGACCACAUUCUGUCCUGGGUAAAGCUGUGGGCCAUGAUCGGCCAGAAGCAAAAAUGGGCAGAGCAAGUAGUGCAACUCGUCUUUUUACCAGCUGAUUUUCAGCCAUGCAAAAGCCAGAGGUUUCGACAUACACCCACACCCCUCUGUCUUCCUUCCAGACAAGUGAGAGGCAUGAUCGCAGUUCAGUAACACAUUCCAGCCAGGCAGAAAUACAUGGCGUGUGAAGCAGAGGAGUGUGGCCUGGGGGCUUGGGGAGAGGGAUAGUAGACUGGGGAGAGCCAGGGUGGUGUAGUGGUUAAGAGCGGUGGACUCGUAAUCUGGUGAACCAGCUUCGCUUCCCUGCUCCUCCACAUGCAGCUGCUGGGUGACCUUGGGCUAGUCACACCUCUUUGAAGUCUCUCAGCCCCACUCACCUCACAGAGUGUUUGUUGUGGGAGAGGAAAGGAAAGGAGCCGCUUUGAGACUCCUUAGGGUAGUGAUAAAACGGGAUAUCAAAUCCAAACUCUUCUUCUUCUUCCUGAGAGUUGGAGAAAGAGACUUGUAGGGCUACACCUGAACCUUAGAAGACCAAAGGUUCCUCACACCGGGUUUAAUCCAACCCUUAAAAAACCAACCCUAAUGUAGGGAACAACCAGCACAUCGUGUGAUAAUGAAUGCCACAGGUCAACAAGAACUAAGAACCACCUUACUGAGUCUGGCCUCACGUCAUUGUCAAAAGAUUUUGGUAGUCACAUAAUACAAAUGCUCAUCCCCUGUUGUUUGGGCCCAGUAUCUGGCAUUCAGAGGUAUUCUGCAUCUGCAUUUGGUGAUUCCAUUUUGCACCCAUAAUGCUGGCAGUUUUUGCGUCCUCCAUCGCCUCUUUGUUUUCCUAACUUGCCAGAUUACCUAUUCUUGGGAUGGGAGAAACCAACUGGGGAAUUUGUAGUUUAGAAAUCCCACUGAAGUCUUGCUCGUGUUAAUACAUUUUCUCUCCCCCAUCACCACCAUUGGCCUCAGAAGACUUGAGGUGUCUCAGGAGCUCUGGGUGUGGGGUUUCCCCCCCUCUUCUUCUUAUGCAACAUCCUAGCAGAGGAUCGGAAAUUGCAGGGCCAGUCUCUGUCGAAAUGCACACGGGAAAAGCAAAGGGCGAGAGGCGAUAGCAGACCACAGAGAGAGGUUCCGGGGUGGGGUGGGCGGGAGGAAGAGAGCAGAGCAGUUUCAGAUCCUUGGGGCCUCCCACAAUAACAGUACUUUGCCUAUGAGCGCAUCACACACCAUAAAUGUCCCCAGGGAGAAGGAGCGCACCACAGUUACAUUGGAGAGCAUGGCCAGAGGGAUGGAUGGCUCAAAUCAAUGGAGGGUGGGGGCAUCACAAAUGCAACACACACACAUACAAAGGCUACUGGGCUUGAAGACUCCAGCCUAGUGGUUCUCAACCUGUGGGUCCCCAGAUGUUCUUGGACUACAACUCCCAUCAUCCCUGAGCUCUGGCCUUGCUAGCUAGGGGUGAUGGGAGUUGUAGUUCAACAACAUUUGUGGACCCACAGGUUGAGAAAGGCUGCGAGUCUGGCCUGAGAUGUGUAGUGGACCAGCACAGAUGUCUUUUCCAUUGUGCUUUCAUGAAGAUUUGUGCUUACGAUGGUGCUGGGGUGGCUACCAUUGACCCCACUUCCGAUACUGUUUACACCUGCAAAAGUUUUGGGGCGAGCGUACUGCUUCACCUCCAAUCAGUGCAAUCCCAUGACAUCCCCCUGAAAUCUUGGAACUUUUAACAAUGAGAGAUUCAUUCUGCUCCAUAUUUCUAAAUUUCUUUUUACCUCAAGCCAAAUUUUUUCAUAGUUAUUUUUAAAUAGGUUUAUAUUUCUUGAUGUUAACCAAAUCUUGGAACUUUUCAUACCACAAAUAUUCUUGGCAGUGGGGAGGGAGGGGUUGGAAGAGCAAUAUUUCAGAUAAAAAUUGCUUUGAAAAAGAUGCCCAAAUCCCUGCACUUCAAUCACAUGAGUAGACUGUGGUUUUUAAUAGUUCUGCCUAAUCCCUCUCCCUUUCUGUUGGCAAGGAAAUUGAAUUUUUUAAAGCCUUACAUAGCAUAAGGUGCAUUAGCCAGAUGGGCGAGGUGGAAAUAAUGAAAUUAUCAUUAAAUUAUUAUUAACUGAUUGCAGUCACGUGGUGCGAUUUUACUACAGUGCAAUGGGUGGUCCCAAACUAGGCUAAAUUUCUGUUUUUGACUGACUGACUCCAGCUACGAAAGCUGAAGCUGCUGAACACUCCCUUGAGCUGGGAUAUUGUUUAGGGCAGGCUUCCUCAACCUCAGCCCUCCAGAUGUUUUGAGGGGUCCCAUCACCCCUGACCACUGGUCCUGCUAGCUAGGGAUCAUGGGAGUUGUAGGCCAAAAACAUCUGGAGGGCCGAGGUUGAGGAAGCUGCUGCUAUGUAUACUUUUUUUGUAUCUUUAUUUUCAGAUACUAUGAUUUAUAUGGAGAUUGUUCAGUUGGGUUGUGUACUUUCUGGUGUGUUUUAUUUCAUAGUUUUUGACUACUUUUGCUAUGUUUGUAAUUAUGUAAAUCUUUUCGCAUCGUAAGCCGCCUUGAGCAUGGUUUUAACUAUGGAAAGGCGGCCUACAAAUAAGACGAUGAUUAUUGCCCCGCUUUCAUUGUGCUAUAGCGCAUGGGCGCUCCUCCAAAUGGCAAUAAUGUGGUAACACUGGAAAAUCAUCACCUGACAUCUAAUAAAGGAGAAGGAUUUGUAGGCGGUCCAGGAUGACUCCACCAAUGAUGAACUAUUAUUGUGUCAGCAGCUAUUUUCUACUCUGUUCUGAUUGGCAAUGGCUCUCCAGAAUCUCAGGCAGAGGAAGGUCUUCACCAUCACCUGCUGCUGCUGGUGUUGUCGUUUCUCAACUUGAGAUGCCAGCAGUUGAACUUGGAAUUUUCUGCAUGUAAAGCACAUGCUCCGUGUUCUUCAGCCUUGAGCCCAUCAGCAGCACUCAUCCUAGCCAAUGGGCAAGGAUUAUAGGAGUUGUUGUAAUCCAACAGCAUCCGGUGGGCUACAUCAUGCAACACUGCUCUGGACUACCUCCCCUCCCCAAACUUAUUUUCAUGGAGCUUCUCUCACAGCCCCUCCCUGGACCUAUUUUUUUUACUGCGCAUUCAUGAUGAUUUGUUCUCAUGAUGCUAUUGGAGCAGUCACAUGUCAGGCUUCAGGGAAUCAGCUUCCUCUCCCAUGGCAGUAGAUAAGCAGAACAAAGGAAAAGGAGUCUUCUUACCAGUUAGAAACUUUAAUAAUCACAGUGAGAGAACAAAGAAGAACAUCUCCUAGAAAUGGCGAUUACACUCCCUUCCGUCCCUAUUAAUCUACGUCACUUCUACAUCUUGUAAUCUGAGCUUGUACCCUCUGUGCUUUCUGUUCUGCCACUUUCUGAGAUCUCUGUGAUUUUGGAGAAGGGGUGUGAAUGCUGUCCAGAGACUGUGAAUCUGUUAACCCUCUCUCUUCUAGUGUUUCUUCUUUCAGCUGUUCCCCAUCCAGUAUUUCCCAUCUUCUUCCUUCUGAACUAUGUCGCUCUGCAAACCGCUGUUCCAAAUCUAUACUGUCCUCCUACUCCUGGGAGGAUUCAUGAUCCGGAGCAGGGGUGGGGGAGGCUCCCACCAUUCCUCCUCAGUGUAGCCCUCCUCAGCAUGGUCCCUGACACCAUCUUGCUUUCAAUACAGUUUGUGCCUGCAAACAUUUUGGGGAUGUCACACUGCUUCACUUGCAAUCCAUGUACAGUAUAUCCCAUAGCUUCUUGCUGAAAUCCCAUCACUUUUUCUACCACAAAUGCUCUGGUUUAUUUUUGUCCUGGGGAAUCAUCACAGAGCAGAACAAAUCCAUGGUUGGUGCACUAUUCUUGUAUCAAGAACAUGUUGCAGAAUACACCAAUAAUAAUAAUAAUAGUAAUAAUAAAAAAAAACAGUCUGGAGGGGCCCUCAAAGGCCUGGUUUAACAGUCAUUCUUUCUUCCCAGAGAAUGCUGGGAGUAUUGUAGUUGUUGGCGAUCUCUAACCAAAAAUGCGCCGAAAACUUUGACUCCCAGGACCCUUUGGAGGCUAAGACUGGUGGUUGUUGGUACAAUGGUUGCCAAAACAACAAAAUGUCCUGCGGGAGGGCUCUCAGGAUAGCCUUGGGAAUUUUAUUGCAGUGGAAUUAAUGUUUGUGAGCCAGCACUCACGGAAGCUUUUUAUGCCACAAUAGAGGCGGGAGACUUCAAAGGGCCACAGGAAUCUUUUCAUAGAAUUGUGUUCUUGUUUAGUCAUUUAGUCGUGUCCGACUCUUCGUGACCCCAUGGACCAGAGCACGCCAGGAACUCCUGUCUUCCAUUGCCUCCUGCAGUUUGGUCAAACUCAUGUUAGUAGCUCAUAGAAUUGUAGAAUCAUUGAACUGUAGAGUUGGAAGAGACCACAAGAGUCAUUAGCGCCUGCAAUGCAGGAAUCUUUCUUCCCGUGUGGGGCUCAAACCCACAACCCUGAGAUUAAAGAGUCCUGUGCUCUCCUGACUGAGCUGUCCAGGAGUCCUUUAUAAUGAAGGCUCUAUUUUUUCCUUACAACAGACUACAUAGCUAUUCCUCUGCGAUUUGUCACAAUAGUAACAUGAAAGUGGUGGCUAUGCCCCCAUACAUAAGCCUGUCUACCAGCUCCUUCCUGCCCAUGCACUGUCUUGCCAGAGUGGUUCAUGGACUGCUUACCUCCUGCUUGGAGUACUGCAACACACUCUACGUAGGGCUACCUUUGAAGGUGACUCAGAAACUACAUCUAAUCCAGAACGUGGCUGCCAGACUAGUGACUGGGAGCAGCCUCCGGGACCAUAGAACACUGGUCCUAAAGGAUCUUCACUGGCUCCCAGUACAUUUCCGAGCACAAUUCAAAGUGUUGGUGCUGACCUUUAAAGCCCGAAACAGCUUUGGCCUUGAAGGAGCAUUUUCAUCCCCAUCGUUCAGCUCAUACACUGAGAUUCAGCUCCAAGGGCCUUCUGGCGGUUCCCUCACUGCGAGAAGUGAGGUUACAGGGAACCAGGCAGAGGGCCUUCUCGAUAGUGGCACCCACCCUGUGGAAUGCCCUUCCAUCAGAUGUCAAGGAAAUAAACAACCAUUUGACUUUUAGAAGACAUCUGAAGGCAGCCCUGUUCAGGGAGGAUUUUAAUGUUUGAUGUUGUAUUGUGUUUUAAUUUGUUGGAAGCCGCCCAGAGUGGCUGGGGGAACCCAGUCAGAUAGGUGGCAUAAAAAUAAAUAAUGAUGAUGAUAAUCUUCCAUCUUGACAGUGGAUGGGUUUAAUGGUCACACUGUCUUCUAGGCAACCAGCUAGGGGCCACGUGUCAGACCGGUGUGUAGGGAUAGAGGGGAAAGUGGGGAGAGCAAUUAAUGUGAAUUCUACCUUUAUACGGGUGGCGCUGUGGGUUAAAGCACAGAGCCUAGGACUUGCCGAUCAGAAGGUCGGUGGUUUGAAUCCCCGCAACAGGCUGAGCUCCCGUUGCUCGGUCCCUGCUCCUGCCAACCUAGCAGUUCAAAAGCAUGUCAAAGUGCAAGUAGAUAAAUGGGUACCGCUCUGGCGGGAAGGUAAACGGCGUUUCCGUGCGCUGCUCUGGUUUGCCAGAAGCGGCUAAGUCAUACUGGCCACAUGACCCGGAAGCUAUACGCCGGCUCCCUCGGCCAAUAAAGCGAGAUGAGCGAGCGCCGCAACCCCAGAGUCGGUCACGACUGGACCUAAUGGUCAGGGGUCCCUUUACCUUUACUUACCUUUAUGCAGUAGGCUACUUUCUAUGCAUUGCCAGAGUUCAAGGACAAUUCCAGCCAGGCAAAAACAUGCAAAGUAAGACUGGUUGGAGGGUGUGGCCUUGGAGAGUCCCAAGGGCCAGAGAGCUAGGACUAGAGGGCCCCGUAUGGCUCCCAGGUCUGAGGUUUCCCAUCCCUGCUUUAGCACACAAGUUUACUCAGUCCUCUCAAAGAUGCCAGCCAGCUAGACAAUAUUCAGUGACUUUCCCAAUUCAGCCUCCUGGCAAGCAGAAACGAACACAGCAUGCGGCUGCCUAAGAGGUUUCUGCUGUCCCUGAGUGUGCCUUCCUCAGAGGAGCAAUUUCAAAUCCUUGGAUGAGCAGGGAGUACUGACACGGUCCCACUCUGUAUAUUAUCUUUCUUGGCAUAUGCUUCCCCUCCCAGCUUCCUGCAGAAAUAUAGAUAUAGAUAUAGGUUUGUAAUCUACCAGGCUCUGGAGUAGGCAACAACAUUUUGAAACAGUAGGCACAAUCUAGCAAAAGUUCGUCGUGGCUAAGGGUAGUUUUCGACUAAGAUGAUUAAAAUUUGUAUACCCGUAGGUCUCAGGGCUAUUUGCUGUUUAGUUGUUUAGUCGUGUCCAACUCUUCGUGACCCCAUGGACCAGAGCACGCCAGGCACUCCUGUCUUCCACUGCCUCCUGUAGUUUGGUCAGACACACGCUGGUAGCUUCGAGAACACUAUCCAACUAUCUCGUCCUCUGUCGUCCCCUUCUCCUUGUGCCCUCCAUCUUUCCCAACAUCAGGGUCUUUUCCAGGGAGUCUUCUCUUCUCAUGAGGUGGCCAAAGUAUUGGAGCCUCAACUUCACGUUCUGUCCUUCCAGUGAGCACUCAGGGCUGAUUUCCUUCAGAAUGGAUAGGUUUGAUCUUCUUGCAGUCCAUGGGACUCUCAAGAGUCUCCUCCAGCACCGUAAUUCAAAAGCAUCAAUUCUUCGGCGAUCAGCCUUCUAUAUGGUCCAGCUCUCACUUCCAUACAUCACUACUGGGAAAACCAUAGCUUUAACUAUACAGACCUUUGUUGGCAAGGUGAUGUCUCUGCUUUUUAAGAUGCUGUCUAGGUUUGUCACUGCUUUUCUCCCAAGAAGCAGGAGUCUUUUAUUUUCGUGACUGCUGUCACCAUCUGCAGUGAUCAUGGAGCCCAAUAAAGUAAAAUCUCUCACUGCCUCCCUUUCUUCCCCUUCUAUUUGCCAGGAGGUGAUGGGACCAGUGGCCAUGAUCUUCGUUUUUUUGAUGGUCUCAGGGCAGUUCACAACAAAAAAUUGCAAUAUAAAAACACAAAAUGCAUAAUAAAAACAAAAACAACUCAAUAAUUCCCCCCUCCCCAACACAUUUUAAAAGGGUAUUGGAUGUCAAUCAGCCAAAGUUAAAGAGGAACGUUUUUGCCUGGCGCCUAAAGGAGUCUAAUGAAGGUGCCAGCCGAACCUCCCUGGGGAGAGCAUUCCACAAACGGGGAGCCACUGCAGAAAAGGUCCGUUCUCGUGAUGCCACCCUCUGGACCUCACAUGCAGGAGACACACGAAGAAGGGCCUCAGAAGACAAUCUCAGGGUCUGUGUAUGUUCAUAUGGGAAGAGGAAGUCCUUGAGGUAUUGUGGUCCUGAGCCGUUUAAGGCUUUAUUGGUCAAAAGUGUUAUUGGGUAUACUCUGAGUAAAACUUAGCCGACAUAGGGGUGGUCCCUGUGUCACAGGAACAUUGAAAACUACCUUAUACAGUCAUACCUCAGGUAGAGGUUGCUUCAGGUUGAGUGUUUUCGGGUUGCGUUCCACGGCGACCCGGAAGUAACGGAACGCAUUACUUCCAGGUUUUGCCACUCGCGCCUGUGCAGACCCUCAAAAUGACGUCAUGCGCAUGCAUAGAAGCAGCAAAUCGCGACCCUCACACGCACAGAUGCGGGUUCCGUUCUGCUCUGGAUGUGAACAGGGCUCCGGAAUGAAUCCCGUUCGCAUCCAGAGGUACCACUGUAGUCAGAGCCUUGAUCCAUCUCAGUCUGUACUGUCUACUCUGAUUGGCAACAGUGCUUUAGUUAUGCAGACAGGAGUCUUUCUCAGCCUUCAGUGGGGCUGUCAAUCAGAUUGGAUUGGCAGCUCUCACUGAGGUGCUGCCCUUCGCCAGUUGAAAGCAGUGAACUGGGUAUUUGGGCACAUCCAGACAGGGGCUUAAUUUGCAAACGGGUCAUACGGGCAGGCAUUUGUUAUGCCAGUUAUGUCAUAUGGAUGACACAGAAACGGAUAAUCAGUCCGGCAGGCAUUCGCUUGAUCCCUUGACACCUGUUUUAAUGGGAUUGUUUUGUUGCAUAUUUUAAAUGAAGUGUGUUUUAACUGCGGUGCAUUUUCCUAAUAAUGUUGUGCAGUUGGUUUUUUAUAUUUUGUAAACCUCUUUGUCAUUCAGCGGCAUUCUCUGCGGCAGCCCUGACAUUGUGGAAUUCCCUCUCCACAGGCAAAAAGAUGGCGCUUCUUGCUUCAAAACUAUUGUUUUUAAUCAUAUGUGCAUGCAUGGCCCACGUGUUUGUUGGUUGAUUUUGUUACAUUCAUAUCGCACCUUUCCUCCAAGGUGGAAUCUGGACAUGAUGGACUCCAAAUCCCACCAGCCCCAACCAGCUGGGAAUAAUGGUAGUUGUAGUCCAACAAAACAGGAGGCCCACAGGCUCCCUAUCCCUGGCCUUGAGCUUAACUGAUAAGCAAUGUGUAUGUUGAUGGGGCAGAGAGGGCGAGAGGAAGCUCCCUUCAACUGUUCCAUCUCUGCCCAUUGGAUGGGGACGCGCUGGUCUUCUCCUUGUAGCGACGUUCUUCCUGGAAGGCAAGGCUGCCCCUUGUACCCCUGCUUGAUCGAAGAGGCCAGUCAUGCUUCCCUCUUGCUUUCCAGUCCCUAAAACAGGGUGUUAGGCCUGCCUUAAUUCCUUCAAGGGAGAAGCAAGAUCUAAGACAGGGGUCAGCAACCUUUUUCAGCCGUGGGCCGGUCCACCAUCUCUCAGACCACGUGGUGGGUCAGACUAUAUUUGGGGGGGGGGAAUGAAUGAAUUCCUGUGCCCCACAAAUAACCCAGAGCUGCAUUUUAAAUAAAAGGACACAAUCUACUCAUGUAAAAACACGCUGAUUCCCAGCAGGAUUCAGAAGGUGAUUGGGCUGCAUCCGGCCCAUGGGCCUUAGGUUGCCUACCCCUGAUCUAAGAGCUGCUUCUUCUCUGGCCAGGGGUUUGGGGCCAGGCUAGUCUUCUCCUUCUGGACACCGAGUUCAGAUGUCUGGUACCACAUCCAAGAAAAAGAUUUUUAAAAGUAGAACUGAACGAGGAAAGGUUGCCUUCUUGUAAGCCCAAGUUCUUUGCUUCCGUCUAGAGCAGGGGUAGGCAACCUAAGGCCCAUGGGCCGGAUUUGACCCAAUCACCUUCUACACUUCCACCACAGGACCGCCUCUCCCAGUAUGCCCCACGGAGAACCUCAAGGUCCAUAAAUAGCAACACCCUAGUGGUCCCGGGCCCUAAGGAAGUUAGAUUAGCCUCAACCAGAGCCAGGGCCUUUUCAACACUGGCUCCGGCCUGGUGGAACGCUCUGUCUCAUGAGACCAGGGCCCUGCAGGAUCUGAUUUCUUUCCGCAGGGCCUGUAAGACAGAGUUGUUCCGCCUGGCCUUUGGCUUGGAGCCAAUUUGAUUCCCUCCCUCUCUUUCUUUUUUCCUUUUCCUUUCUCCUCCUGUGAUGAGGCUGCAUUUUAAUAUUUUAAUGUUUCAAUAUUUUAAUCUUGUAUUUUAAUCUUGUUUUUCAUUCAACUUUUUAUUAUUGCUUGUUAGCCACCCUGAGCCCGCCCUUGGCUGGGGAGGGUGGCGUAUAAAUAAAAAUUAUUAUUAUUAAUGUGUACGCAGCGUUUGUGCUUGGGCAGCAGAGGGAGCAGCGGCAAAAGCCACCUGGCCACAGCCUUGCCCGCUACGGUGUGAUAUAUUGUAGCUGGGGUUGUGUUUUUAUGGCUCAAAAGGGGAGAAGAGGCCUGGAAACACAGGACUGUGCAUAUUCCAUGUGCAAACACAGGGACGAAUGUUGCAAAAUUCAUUCUUUUGUUAAUCAAGGGGAGUGGUACAUUUCCACCCUUAACCACAGGAAAUCUUAUUCAACAGCUCCUCAGGCUUCUGAUGAAAUUUCGCCCACUUAUUUUUAAGCAUACUUUUGCAACCAUAAGAUCUAGUAACUUAGCGUUUUUUUUGGAGGGGGGGAAAAAGCUUGGUACAGUACUGAGAUUCUCGGAAAUCCAGUAGCCAAAGAAGCAUUCCUGGGCUUUCUCAGUGUGCGGUUGCCUGGAAUCACAGAAUAUACAUGGCGGAGAAUAUGGUUCAGCUGGGGACCCCUGUGCUUAAAGAAAGAUUCCUCUUCUGUGGCGGUUGCCUCGCCAUACCCCAGAAACAGCUGCAUUCCAUUGUUAUCAGCCUUUGAUGGUAAUCAUGGAAGAAGCAAGAACUCCCAAUGAUGCUCUUUCAUUCAGGGCUGGCACCCAGUCAGAAGGGCUGCUGCUGGUGCAACCCAGACACAACCAAUCUGCUUCUCCAGAUUGCCAUUGCGGGGUCAUAAAUCAACUCUGACAGCAUCAUGGGCACGUGUGCAAUGAGCAGGCGGGUACUUUGUCAUCUUGGAAGCCGCUGCAGGAGCAGAGCAGUGUGGGCUGUGGAAUCUUAACACUUUAUGGGGCGGUAGGCAGACCAAGGUCUGGGGGUCAGAUUCGGCCCAAUCUCCUUCUAAAUCCAGUCCAGGAAUCAGCGUGUUUUUACAUGCGUAGAAUGUGUCCUUUUAUUUAAGACGCAUCUCUGGGUUAUUGGUGGGGCCUGCCUGGUGUUUUUACAUGAGUAGAAUGUAUGCUUUUAUUUAAAAUGUAUCUCUGGGUUAUUUGUGGGGCAUAGGAAUUCUUUGAUUUCCCCCAAAAAAUAUAUAUUCUGGCCCCCUACAAGGUCUGAGGGACAGUGGACCGGCCCCCUGCUGAAAAAGCUUGCUGAUCCAUGACACAAUGAGCAUUUAUUCUGCAUUCACCGAGAUUUGCUUGUGGUGUGUUUACCUGUCUUUCCAUUAAUCAUUUGUUUCCUGCAUUUCCACACUUCCUUAGUGCAAAAAUUCAGUUUCGGUGCCUCUGAACACCAGGUGCUGUGGACCAAUAAGAGGGUGUGUGUGUGGAUGGAUGGCUUUCGUUCUCCUGCCCUGCUUGUGGACUUCUCUAAGUUGUAUCAGACUGGCCGCUGCUCCAAUUUUUUGCCUGCCCUUCAACAUCAGGUCCUUCGACGGGUUUUAACCAUUUAAACCACAAUAUCAAAAGCAGCUAAAAUUAAAUUCAAGUCACAAGAAUAGGCAAGUUGAGGGACCAGCCCAAGUAAGGGAUUGAACCCAGGUCUUCGCCAACCAAAGUCCAGCACUCUUAAAGAGGAUGGCAGGGCCCGACAGAAUUUGGGUCUGUUCCAACAGUGUUCUUAGGUGCACAAUGAUGUAUUUGGUUAUUGUUGUAUAAUAGGCUUGUCAGCUGCCUUGAGUACCGUAACAUAGAAAGGCAAUAUACAAAUUAAAAAACUAGCAUGAAAAAUCCAGGCUCCUAGGCGAGAAAGAAAGAAAGAAAGAAAGAAAGAAAGGAAGGAAGGAAGGAAGGAAGGAAGGAAAAAGCAGUGGUGAAAUAUACUCGGAGUCGAGUGUGGAUUUCAUGCUCUUUAUUCAGCUCAGAGUAGUGAGGAAUGGAAGUUCCCCUGAAAUGUCUGCUUUAUAUACAUUAUUUACACAAUGGGCCCCAUGUGAUUGGCUAAUUCUGGGAUUCUCCUGUAGGCCAAUCAGGCUGCGGAUUCACUUCCGCCCGGAGUUGGAUUGGGUGGCCUACGGACCAGUCAGACUACUGCAUUCUGAAUCCUAUUGUUCUAGGACUAAUCAGACUACUGCAUUCUGAAUCCUAUUCAACUCAGUACAUAAGAAGUGGGAAGACAAAUCUUGCCCUGCCCUAUCCCACCAAAUUCCCAGAAACAUUCUCUCUUUAACCUGCUCUUUACCUCCCUGCAGGGGAAAAACUAAGCUUUAUUUCACCUGAGUCAAAGACCCAGUUUGGCAAAAGCAAAAACAGAAAAGACACACACACACACACAGAGAGAGAGAGAGAGAGAGAGAGAGAGAGAGAGAGAGAGAGCACCUCAAUCGCACCCCUCUGGAGGCUACACCCAGGGCAAAAAAACUCAGCUAUCCCCUCCCCAUAGCUAUGGCUCUGCCUCCCUGUAUUGAUCUCUGCCGGCUCUCUUCUUGGCCUGGUGCCUUACCAGUCCAGAGAGCCCCCAAACCCUUCUCUCCAGGGCAAGCGCUCUGUGGCUUAUAAGAAGGCUGUUUAUCUUUCCCUUGCAGAAACAGAGUUGGGCACCCUCGUGGCUUCAUGAAUGUCUAAUCCAGGCAGCUGCACGCUGCAGAUUCACAGAGCCAGCUCUGAGGUAAGAACCUGUGGGGAGCGGGGGGAGUUUUAUCAAGGACCAGAUGGGCAGUCCCACCCAUGCCAAGCUGAGACUAAGACAAGGAGCACGGGGUGUGUGUGUGGAAGGUUUAUAGGAAAUAGACCCCAAAACACAGGUUCCUGUCUACCACUAACCUUGCUGGCUGCUACCCCAAGUCCCCGGAAAAUGUUGGUGCUUCCAAAAACUCUAGAGCCGUGUUCACAUCUAAUUCAGUCCAUUUUCAUCUGUCAUUUUCAUUGCCCAGGUUCAUUACAUGUUUCCCAUAUACAGUGGUACCUCGGUUUAAGUACUUACCGUAUUUUUCGUCCUAUAGGGCGCACCGGCCCAUAGGACGCACCUUGUUGUUGUUUUUUGGGGGGGGGAAAUGAAUAAAAAAAAUUUAUUUCCCCCCCCCACCGCAGCUGCCGCCCCAAACCUUGCGCACACCUGCCUGAAGCACGGGGCACCCUCCGGAGGGCUCCCUGUGCUUCGGGCGACAGGCUGCCGCCCCAAGCCUCGCGCGCUCGGUGGGACCUCCUGCCGGGCGUGCAAGGCUUGCGGACACUCGCCGGGGCUGCAGGCUGCUGCCCGCAAGCCUUGUGAGCCCGCGGGAACUCCCACCAGGCUUGCAAGGCUUGCUGAUAGCUUCCUGAAGCCUGGAGAGCGAGAGAGGUCGGUGCGCACCGAUGCCUCUCGCUCUCCAGGCUUCAGCGAAAGCCUGCAUUCGCCCCAUAGGACGCACACACAUUUCCCCUUCAUUUUUGGAGGGGGGAAAGUGCGUCCUAUUGGGCGAAAAAUACAGUAAUUCGUUCCGUAGGUCCGUUCUUAACCUGAAACUGUUCUUAACCUGAAGCACCACUUUAGCUAAUGGGGCCUCCCGCUGCUGCCGUGCGAUUUCUGUUCUCAUCCUGAAGCAAAGUUCUUAACCCGACGUAAUAUUUCUGGGUUAGCGGAGUCUGUAACCUGAAGUGCAUGUAGCCUGAAGCAUAUGUAAUCUGAGGUACCACUGUAGUGGCAUUUUUCUUCUGGGUGGAAGGUGUGGGUUGAGGUUUUAUUUCAGGUUCCCCCCCUCAUCUCUGAAACAAAAGCUGAUUAUUAUUUUUACCUGUUGUAGUUAUGUACAGUGGUACCUCAGGUUAUAUACGCUUCAGGUUCCAGACUCCGCUAACCCAGAAAUAGUACCUCGGGUUAAGAACUUUGCUUCAGAAUAAGAACAGAAAUCGUGCUCCGGCAGCAGGAGGCCCCAUUAGCUAAAGUGGUGCUUCAGGUUAAGAACAGUUUCAGGUUAAGAACAGACCUCCGGAACGAAUUAAGUACUUAACCUGAGGUACCACUGUACACUGAAAUAGAUUUGAUGCACAAAUGAGUGGUCCUCCAAUGUUCACCUUUCAGAUACUGUUACCACAUCAAUGUACCUGCCAAGGAACAUCCUUAAAUAGUUGCAAAGGAUUCUGGGAAGUGUCCUAAGGCAUGCACUCGGUUGACAUUGCCCUGAUGUGCAGUUAGGUCAUUUUAGCUGUGGACUUCAUGGUCUCUUACCCCUGCUCCCCUUUUCGGGAGGCCUUGCUUCAUUUAGGCUGCUUCCAAACAGCUGUACGUUGUGGGAUGACGUGACGCUGUUGGAGCCCAGUGGAAAAGCAUUGGCCUCACAUGAGGAUGGUCCAAGGUCAGUCUGUAGAUAGAGCUGGGAGAGACCCUGAAACCGUGGAGAGCUGCUGACAGUCUGUGUAGACAGUAUGGAUGAAAUAUACUCGGAGUAGAGAGUGGAUUUCAUGCUCUUUAUUCAGCUCAUAGUGGUGAGGAGGAAUGGAAGUUCCCCCACUGUAUCUGCUUUAUAUACAUUAUUUAUACAAUGGGCCCCACGUGAUUGGCUAAUUCCAGGAUUCUCCUGUAGGCCAAUCAGGCUGCGGAUUCACUUCCACCUGGGGCUGGAUUGGGUGGCUCCUGCGGACCAAUCAUACUGCUGCAUUGUUCUAGGACCAAUCAGAUUGCUGCAUUCUGAACCCUAUUGUUCUAAGACCAAUUAGACUGCUACAUUUUGGAUCCUAUUCAACUCAAUGCUCAAUUCAACAAUGGAGCUAGAUAGACCAACGGCUUCUUCCUAUGAAAGAUUCACAAUGGUUGAGUUCCACCUGACCCCGUUUUCUCUUUUUGCAUUGCAGAACUUUGCUGCCACAGCUAAUUUUGGGGGGACCCAGCUGGAGCAGAGGCUGGACAGGGCCCAGCCUGACAAAAUGCCCCCUUUCCCACCCCAGCAAGGAUGGGCUCGGGGAACCUUCCUCCCCUUGUACAAUCCCCUGGCAGGGGGGGAGCUUGGCCCCCAGGGACAAAUGGAGCUCACCUGGCAAGAAAUCCUCUCCAUCUCAGAACUGCAGGUAAUUUGAAAUUUAAAAAACUUUAUUGUCACUUGUACAACUUGUAUACAGUGAGAUUACACGAGCACCCCCCACUCAGCUCUCUUAGUCUUAAUUCCCCUUGUUUACUGACGCACACCCACCAUACCUGAAAGUCAGUUGCCCUGUUGUUAUCUUUUCAUUCAGCAGCCUAACAGCCCAUGGAUAGAAGCUGUACUUUGCCCUGUUGGUGUGACUAAUCAUACUUCUAUAUCUUCUGCCUGAGGGCAGGAGAUCAAGAAAGUGCCGGCCAGGGUGUGAAUCAUCCCUGGGAAUUUUCCUCACUCUCCUGAGGCAACGUUCUUCCACUAUUUCAUCCAGCAGAUUCACGGGACAGUCCAUAAUAUCUUGUGCUGUAUUCACCACCCUCUGUAGACACUUCCUAUCAGAUGAUGUCAAACCAGCGUACCACACCGUGAUACUUUCUAUUGUUGACCAGUAGAAGGAGAUCAUCAAAUGUUGAUUGACAUUGUUCUUCCGCAAUACUCUGAGGAGAUGGAGUCUCUGUUGGGCUUUCUUAACCACCUGGGUUGUACCGUAUUUUUCGCUCUAUAACACACACCCAACCAUAACACGCACGUAGUUUUUAGAGGAGGAAAAUCCGUAGGCAUGCCACCCAUAGGCAUUCCCUCCAUAACACGCACAGACAUUUCCCCUUACUUUCUAGGAGGAAAAAAGUGAGUGUUAUGGUGCAAAAAAUACGGUAUUUAUUUUCCAAGUAAGGUCUUCACUGAGAUAAACUUCCUCCGAAAGUCCAACACCAUCUCCUUUGUCUUGCUGAUAUUAAGGUGCAAGUUGUUCCCUAGGCACCAUGUAGAUAUUUGUUGAACCUCCCCUCUAUACGCUGAUUCGUCUCCACCUGUUAUUAAACCCUUUAUGGUGGUGUCAUCUGCAAACUUAAUAACUGCACCCUGUGGAACACCCUCCCUUCAGAUGUGAAGGAAAUAAGCAGCUAUCCUAUCUUUAAAAGACAUCUGAAGGCAGCCCUGUUCAGGGAAGUUUUUAAUCUUUAAUGCUGUACUGUUUUUAACAUUUGAUUGGGAGCCGCCCAGAGUGGCUGGGGAAACUCAGCCAGAUGGGCGGGGUAUAAAUAAUAAAUAAUAAAUUAUUAUUAUUAUUAUUAUUAUUAUUAUUAUUAACUGGCCAAGGCAGCAGCUAAGAGAAGGCUUUUGCUGCAAUUAGCAAUUGGUAGAGAUUGGAAGCGGCCAAGAGGGGAGAUGAAGAAAGGGCAUGUGAUUACUGCGUGAAGAACUCUCUGUCCCACUGCUAUUCCCAGAAAGUCAUUGUCUCUCCAACUGAAGAACAAAUGCUGGAUCUCAGCCUUCACCAUGCUGAUGUUUUGACUGCAACUCCUAUCAGUCCCAAUGCUGAUAGGGAUUGUAGUCAAAACAUCCAGAGUCCACCAGCCCAUCUGAAAGCUCCCUAUGCAGCCACACUGCUUUCUUUAGCUGCCGCCUCCUUCAAUUUCUUGUUGUAAUUGUUUGCAACUGUACCUUCAAUAUAUCACCUUUUAAGAAACUCCCAUCCAUCUUAAUCUCUCUGAGUAUUUCUGACUAGGGGAUCUCACCCAGUAGUUCCUUAAGAUUUUAAAAAUCUGUUUUCUUAAAAUCCAGAGUUUGUGCAUCUGACCACAUCCAGCUUUCCCCUCCUUUUGCAUAAUGGAUCCCAGUAGGUCACUUCCACCCAAGCUUCUCACUACGUUGGUAUGGAUCAGGUCCAAGAUAGUUGAUCCUCUUGUUGCUUUUUCCACCUUCUGGGAAAUGAAAUUUUCAGCAAGGCAAUUGUGAAAUUUGUUGGACCUUACAUUUUUUUGGGCAGAGUUCGAGUCCUGACGGAUAUCAGCUGAGGUCUCCCAUGACUACUAUAUCUCUGAAUGUUUGGUAAUCUGCUAUAAUAAGACGUCAUCCCAUGUUUUGUCUGGCUUUGGAGGUUUAUAGCAGACUCCCACACUGAAGAUACUGUUGUUUGCCUCUCUCAUAAUUUUUACCCAAAUAAGAGAGUAAGGCAAAUGUUCAAACAGAAUACUGAAAAACAAAAAGAACCCAGUCACUCCAAAUUUUGACGAAUUCUAACCUAUUUACUAACACCACAGUGUUCUCAGUCUACUUAUGAGUAAGCAGUGAGGAUGGUCAGUUUCCCAGUGAGUGGUCAAGGUCUGUACCCCUGAUGAUGGGACAGGACAAUGCUGCUUGGACAGCCUUUUUUUUUAAAAGGACUUUCUCCCCCCCCAAUUUUCUAUUGAUUUUUACAGUUUACAUUUAUAUUCAAAUAAUAAUCAUAAUCAUACAUACAAAGGAUUCCAUUGGACUUCCCUCUGCCCCUCCAUGAGUUCCAUCAACAUUCCUUUUUUCAACUAGUAGCACCUUAGGUAAAGGUAAAGGGACUCCUGACCAUGAGGUCCAGUUAUGGACGACUCUGGGGUUGCGGCGCUCAUCUCACUUUACUGGCCGAGGGAGCCGGCGUACAGCUUCUGGGUCCUGUGGCCAGCAUGACUAAGCCGCUUCUGGUGAACCAGAGCAGCGUACGGAAACGCCGUUUACCUUCCCGCCGGAGUGGUACCUAUUUAUCUACUUGCACUUUGACGUGCUUUUGAACUGCUCGGUUGGCAGGAGCAGGGACCGAGCAAUGGGAGCUCACCCCUUCGCAGGGAUUCAAACUGCUGACCUUCUGAUCGGCAAGCCCUAGGCUCUGUGGUUUAACCCACAGCACCUUAGAGACCAACUAAGUUUGUUCUUGGUAUGAGCUUUUAGUAUCUGAAGAAGUGUGCAUGCACAUGAAAGCUCAUACCAAGAACAAACUUAGUUGGUCUCUAAGGUGCUACUAGACAAUUUUUAAAAUUUUUAAAAUAUAUUUCUACUGCGCCAGACCAACACGGCUACCACCUGAAUCUUUUUUCAACUGCAUCUUAUAAAAUUCUCCUUUUUGUUAAAAAUCCCUGUUUUCCCAUAGUUCUUGUUUCAUUACAAGUGUUACAAACCUGCCAAAGUUUUUAGUUGUUUACAGUGUUCUCCAAGAUAGAAUUACAAUUUUUUCCCAUUCCUUAGUAAAAUUUCUAUCUUCUUGAUUUCUGAUUUUCCUGGUCAUUUUCACCAUUUCAGCGUAAUCCAUCAUCUUUAUCAGCCAUUCUUCUCUGGUUGUGACUUUGUCUUCCUUCCAUCUCUGGGCCAGAAGUAGUUUUUAAAGGACUCUCUGAGCCCGAACUGGAUUUGGUGACACCUGGCUCCUUCUGACCAAUGAGAGCCAAUGUCACAUUUCUCAGCUGAACAGGGGAAAGCUUUCAGAAGACUUGGAAAGGUGACAGACAUUCACUGGCACAGAGGGAGAUGGGCCAUCUCCAAUGUAAAUCAAACCUUGAGUCCCCCCUCCCAACACCUUUCACUGCUAGACACCUUUAAUGUCGUCCUGUGAAUUGGAAUAACUGGCAAGCAAGUGAGCAAGGAUUUCUUGACAGAUACAACCCACAUCAAUUGCUAUUACUUAUGCUAAAGUAUAUGCACCAGAGUAAAAAAAGGUAAAGGACCCCUGACAGUUAAGUCCAGUCUCAACGACUCUGGGGUUGCGGCGCUCAUCUCACUUUACUGGUUGAGGGAGCCGGCGUUUGUCCCCAGUUUUUCCGGGUCAUGUGGCCAGCAUGACUAAGUCGCUUCUGGCGAAACCAGAGCAGUGCACGGAAACGUUGUUUACUUUCCUGCCGGCGUGGUACCUAUUUAUUUACUUGCACUUUGACGUGCUUUCCAACUGCUAGGUUGGCAGGAGCAGGGACCGAACGGGAGCUCACCCCUUUGCGGGGAUUCGAACUGGCGACCUUCCGAGUGGCAAGCCCAAAGCUCAGUGGUUUAGACCACAGCGCCACCCGCGUCCCCUAUGCACCAGAGUAAGACAUGCUAAAACUUCCUGGUAUAGUCAGGUAUUAUAAUGUAAACCUAUAGGCAGUUCCUCCAAGGUGCAAGACAGGGCAACCAGAUUUCCUAGAUCCUACAGCAAUCAAUCAUAGUCUGAUGCAGUUCUUCAAGGUUGCAACAGGUGAAGUGGGGUGACGUUCAGGAUUUUCCUCUGCACUCUGGAUGCUCUGCUGCUCAUUUAUAUUAUGUCAGAGACAACAAAGGAUAUAUGUGCACAAUUCACCUGCAAUAAGGGGAUGAUCAUAUUGGUUUACCUUAACAGGGCGGUUGUGCUACUUGAGAGACAGUAGUGAAAGUACUGUGAACAUCUUGCAAGCCCCCCCACCAGUGUUCAGGUUCUGUUACAUAACAGUGGGCAGAGAUGGGAUUGGCUGCUGAUGUCACAAUAGCCCUUAACUACGCACUGAGUGUUGCUUUUCCUUUGCUGCAGUUAAGGUUACUAGAUUUUUUCCAAUGAAUCUGGGGAUACUUUUAAACUUCAAUGGGUUUUGUAUGGGAACUGGUUCGUAAACCCGGGGACUGUCCCCGGAAAACGGGGGUGUCUGCUAACCUUAUCGUAGGAGGUUGUGGCAUUUGGGCGGGGGCAGCCCUCCCCACCCCCAGGGGAAAGGCCACAGGGCUCCUUCCGAUCCCUCUCAGCUUCCUGUUUGUCUUUCUCCUGCUCAGGAUAGCAAAGAGCUUUAGAAGGAGAUGGAAGCACUGUCAUCUGCAGCAUUAGUAUUAGAGAUUAUAAAACUAGCAAGUGAAACCACCAAUGAAUAUCUGCAGUGUAUCCUUGCCCCAUGGGACGCGGGUGGCGCUGUGGGUUAAACCACAGAGCCUAGGACUUGCCGAUCAGAAGGUUGGCGGUUCGAAUCCCCGCGACGGGGUGAGCUCCCAUUGCUCGGUCCCUGCUCCUGCCAACCUAGCAGUUCAAAAGCACAUCAAAGUUCAAGUAGAUAAAUAGGUACCACUCUGGCGGGAAGGUAAACGGCGUUUCCAUGCGCUGCUCUGGUUUGCCAGAAGCGGCUUAGUCAUGCUAGCCACAUGACCCGUAAGCUGACCCUCGGCCAAUAAAGCGAGAUGAGCGCCGCAACCCCAGAGUCGGCCACGACUCGACCUAAUGGUCAGGGGCCCCUUUACCUUUACCCUUGCCCCCUAAAAGAGAACUCCAGCAAUUUCCUUCAAGGAGGGCAUUCCACUCUACUCUGCCUCCUCCUUUUUCGUCACUCAUCCCUGCUGCUUCAAAGUGGGCGGAGCUGCCUUCCUUUUAUCAUUAUUUGUCCUUUUGCAAAACCGCAGAAGAAUGCAAGAUUGAAAUCCUCCCAUGUCUUGCAUGAGCGUGAAACUUUUUGCUGAAGCAAAGAUGGCAGCCCUCUCUGCAUUUGCCUGGGAGCAGGUCUCCUUGACCUCCGCGGAGUUGCCUUCAGAGCUAAUGUGCAAAAGGAGGAGCUGUUAGGGAGAGGAAGGAGGAAUAUGUAGCAUCCUAGACAGCGCUGGAGCUCUGCAUGGGGGGGUUUAGGUCCUCCACGGAGGCGUGGACCAAGUAAGUAGCAGAGUGGCAGGUAUCCACUGCGCACAGUUGCCUCCUUCAUGAUGACUCUCCCAACACAGCCCCAUUCAGCACCUGACCCUGGGGAGAUGCAAGGUGGGGAGGAACGGUGCACAAUGCGGGAUCUGUCUGAGGAGAUGAAUCGCCCUUUUGUUCUUAGGGGGAAUGCUAUCAACCCAUCCAUCUCCGCCAGGUAGGCACCUGCGCAGGGGCUCCUUCGCUCCUCUUCCGCCCCUGCAUAGCAUGCUUGCAGCAGAAGGCUGUGCCAAUGAGUAGAUGAGGGUUGUGACUGAGGGAUGCUCAGACUGGAACACCACCUAUUCAGUCAUCAAAGAGCAACGUGCUGGGUAAAUAGAUGGCUAGGGAGAGAAAAUUGUUAGGAGAAAGCUGCUACCUACGGAGGCCUCUGUUGGAAAAAGAACGGGAAGGUGUAGGUGGAAUCAAAGGAGUUAAACCGAGAGGGGGAACAGGAGUUCAUUUGCAUGGAAGUUGGAACUUAAGGGAUCAGCAGUCGGGGAAACAGCUUAGAACAAGAGCCAGAAUUCCUGGGUUCUAAGUUCUGCUUUCUGAAUCUCUGGAUCAUAGGUAGGCAAACUAAGGCCCGGGGGCCGGAUCCGGCCCAAUCACCUUCUAAAUCCGGCCCGCGGAUGGUCCAGGAAUCAGCGUGUUUUUACAUGAGUAGAAUGCGUCCUUUUAUUUAAAAUGCAUCUCUGGGUUAUUUGUGGGGCAUAGGAAUUCAUUCACCCCCCCAAAAAAUAUAGUCUGGCCCCCCACAAGGUCUGAGGGACAGUGGACCAGCCCCUGCUGAAAAAGUUUGCUGACCCUUACUCUAGAUCUUGAUUGGUGUCUCCCUCCUCCUAAGCCGCAGCUGUGACUCUACACCCUUGUAUGCAGGGAAAUCUUUUAAGCCUGUGCUCAACACCUCUCUCUCAUCCCUGCAGGGCCUUGAGAUGCCAGCUGAAAGCUGCUAUGACCCUGCCUUAUGCGGCCAUGCACAACCAAUGGUGCCACCUCCCAGCUACGGGCCGUGCACAGAGAUGGGGGACUGUUCGAUUUCCUACAGCCAUCCUGCUCCAGCAUACGAGCGCCCCUUCCCAGAAACUCUGCCAGGCCCUUGCACUGUCUACAGCUACACCGGCAUGCUGAUCUCGUCCUCCCUCGAGCCUCCUGGACCUGCCAUUCUGGGCGAAUGUAAAGGGGCACCAGGGAUGGUGCUGGAGAGGGACUUGGCCAGUUGCUAUGGGCCACAAGGCCCUUGCAAGCCCCAAGAGGACUUGGAAUCAGACUCUGGCUUGUCCCUUAACUACAGCGAUGCAGAGUCCCUAGAAGCAGAGGGGCUGGAGAGGGCAGAGUAUGCGCCACUGUACCCCAUGGACCAUGCACCACCCUACCCAAUGUUGCCCCCUGUGCCAGAGUUGCCCUGCGCCAACCCACCCCUGGAACAUUCUUUGGAGAAAGGGCGGAGCCCACGUGGGGAGCUGGUGGGCAGUCGGGACGAGCGGCGGGCCCUUGCCAUGAACAUCCCUUUCCCAGUCGAGAAGAUCAUCAACCUGCCCGUGGACGACUUCAACGAGCUGGUGACACGCUUCCCGCUGAGCGAGCCUCAGCUGGCUCUGAUCAGAGACAUCCGCCGGCGCGGCAAGAACAAAGUGGCAGCUCAGAAUUGCCGCAAGCGCAAGCUAGAGACCCUGGUUCACUUGGAGCGGGAGCUGGAGGAGCUGAGUUGCGAGAGGCAGCGGCUGCUACGGGACCAAGGAGAGUUUAACAGGACCCUAGCGCUCACCAAGCAAAAGUUGGGGGCUCUCUACCACCAGGUCUUUUGCAUGUUGCGUGAUGAAGCUGGCAACACUUACUCCCCUGAAGAGUAUGUGCUGCAGCUCACGGCAGAUGGCGGAGUCUUCCUGGUACCGCGAAACAACCAGCCAGACAACCCCAGUGACUGAACAGAGCAGAUUCUGGGGGGAGGAAUUGCAGGGAUUGAAUAGACCCAAAAUAAGCAACCCUGCACUAUUUUCAAGGAGACUCAAGGAGCCUCCACCUCAGGCUUUGAGGCUACCCAAACAGAGGAGCACUGUCUAUUGCAAGCCACAUGGCAAAUGAACGCAUAUACAUAUUUGUAACUGAACAAAUGCCAUUGCUUCUGAACUUAAAAGUGCUUAUGACUGUAUCUAGGCUGUUCUUUAAACACACAACCGAUUUACAGAAUUGGGAGAGGGAAACAGCUCUGGGAGCUCGAAGGCAACUAGAAUCUAUCCAAAGAACUAUUGACCUAGCCAAACUAAUCACUUUUGUUAGCUUGACAUUAUUUGCUUCAUCCACACACCAUUUCUAAGGUUAGUCUUUCCCAGAUUGUUUACUGAAGGCAGUACAGUCCUACCUUGGAUCUGAAACGGCUUAGUUGCUGAACGUUUCGGCUCCCAAACGAUUGAAAACUGGGAGUGUUCCAGUUGUUGGAAGCCAAAUGUCCAGUGCAGCUUCUGAUUGGCUGCAGGACUCUCAGAAUACAUUGCUUAGCAACCAGGCUACGACUGUAUUCCCAGACCAUUAUGGAAGAGAGAGUGGGGAACCUCGAACCUCAAGCCAGGGCCCAACCAAAUCUUCCUCCAAGCCUCUUUAUAUGGCCCUCUGAACUCAUGCAUGGCCUCCUGCUUUAUACCUCAAGUGCUGCCUCAAUGAAACAUGCCCAAGAAUUCUUGUUUACCUCAGUGGAAAGGUUGCAUAGAGUGUGAAAUUUGCCUACUGGCAAGGGGGUUGGACUAGAUGACCCUUGGGUCCCUUUCAACUCUUAAGAUUCUAUUAUUCUACUGUGCAAAAGCAAACUUGCAUUCACUGUUCCUCCUACUUUUGCCCCUGCCUCCACCCACCCGCUGGCAUGCAGCACAAAGACUGAAAAAAGAUCUGUAUGGUGGUGUUAGAUCUGUCUCCUAACAAAAGGUAUAGCAACUCAUUUAAUUCUGAUCAGAAUUAAUUCUCCACCCACCCUGCCUUCCUGGUCUUCGGAAACUACAAGGUCUCUAGAACAGUGAUGGGAAACGUAAGGUCUUCCAGAUGAUGGACUUCAGCUCACAAGCUCAGGAAGCAAGCCUGAUGUUGGGAAUUGGGAGUCUAGCCCAGACAGCCUGUUUCUUAAAUUUAUUCUAGAGGGCCAAAUGAAUUAGCACUAGUGGAGUUGAAUCCAGUGUUUCUCAAAAGGGGUUGGCAUACCCUCCAGUGCAGAAUAUUAAGAUUGGGGGUAGGGGAGUGCUUCCAAAAUGUAGGAGCCACAAAAUUUCAACUUUUGAAAAUUCAACAGAAAAUGAGGCUGCUUGCAAUCUUUUCAGAAUUGGCCAUAGUCAUGCUCCAUUAAGAGCACACAGGACUCUUCAGACCCCCGUUUCCCCCUCAUUUUGUGGAACUAUGCUUGCUGUUGGCUACAAGCACCACUUCAGGCAUUUGAAGUUAAAUACAAGGCUCAUCCACAGUGCCCCACAAGUCCCGUAUACAAAUCCAAGGUUUCCCUUUUGCUCUGCAACUUUCGCGAGGAAAACCCAGUUUACUGUUUAAUCAGAACAAACAUCCACAGAAAAUCCAAUUGAUAUUUGUUCCGAUUCAGUGGUGAACAGUGUAAAGACACCAAAACAAACCACACACCAGAGACCUGUGCAUAGAAACGAGACAAAAGGAAGUGAAUGAACCCUUCCACAAAAAAACUGCAAGGAGGAACCAAAACUGGUUCUAUGACCCGUGCUCUGCUAGAAUAAAUUAUGCAAGCCUACUUGACUAAGGCUCAGGAAAGAGCAGAGGCUUUUAAGAACCAGGUGCUGUCCGGGGAUCUUACUGUCGCUUCCAGAUUGUUGAGGUGCGGUACAAAAUUGUUUUAGCCAACUACGUAUUACAAACCUGAGUUUUAGCAGGGAGGCUAGCUUGUGGCUCAAGAAGUUCGAAGUCUCUGUAAAUUAUGGGACCAGCUUAUUAUGGGACAGGCUUGCACUAGCUCUGGUAGAUCAGCCCUUGCUUUUUACCCAUGGAAAUCAACAACAUAAUGUGGUCUCUUAAAAUGCAUGCUGCUUUCCAGAAAUGCAGGCCACCUGCAUCCCCCAGUAUAAGUGUACCAGGGUGUUGGGCAGAACACACUUGUGCAGGAGAGGACUGUGGCAUCAAAACACAUCUGGCCUGCAAAGCAGCAUGGCCACUCACAAUGUGUAAAUAAGUUGCACUUAAAUCUUUCUACAGAAUAAACUUGUUUGGUUAAA